AUGGUGGAUGAGCUUACCGUCACUGAUCUCGUGCGUGCCCUCACCAAGCUUAGAGAUACCCAAAGAGAACUCAUACAAGCUGUGAAAGACCUGAAGAAUCCUAACCCUGCACCUAAGCCAAACACUGAGCACCAGGAAAAAGUCUUACAAGAAGAAUUCGAGGCAGCUAAAGGGUCCGAGCAGAAAGGAACAUCCUUUGUCACUCAGCAGGACGUAGUAGCUAUGUUGGAAAGAGAGCUACACCGCACUAAUGAGGACUGGAUGUAUAUCCCUCAACCUCCCUAUCCAGCAAGUUUGAUUUCCAUGCCUUAUCCUAAGGGUUAUGAAACACCAAAUUUUGCUCUUUUUGAUGGAAGGAAGGGAAGUCCCAAGGAGCACGUUAGUCGCUUCAUCGAUACACUCGGGCCUCAUGCUGCAGAUCACUAUCUCUGGCUCCGUGAGUUUUCAAAAUCACUCACCGAUCGUGCUUAUACAUGGUAUACCACACUCGCUGCAGGCUCAGUCCGGUCCUGGGAAGAUUUGGCAAGCAGGUUUUGCAAGAAGUAUUUUGAGCAUGAAGAGAGGGUUACCAUCACUCAACUCAACUACACUUGCCAAAGAGCUGGAGAAAACCUUGUGGACUUUGUUCGCAGAUUUAGAGAUUUGGCUCUCGACUGUUAUGAUGAGAAAGGUGAGCAGUCUCUGGUUGAAAUCUGCAUCAGUAACAUGCUGCCAUAA